UUCAGCAUUAUUGUUACAAAAUGUUAUUUGCAUCCAGCAAGAGGAAAUGCAAAAGAUUUUACGAGUGCACAAUUCAUUUAGAAGAAACUAUGCAAAACGGGGUUUACAGAAUGAAAUAGCUAAUAUGAAGAUAUUAGUUUGGGACAACAUUUUAAGCCUUGAGGCAAAAGAAAAAGUCUCCUGCAGACAAACUUUUGAUGAAAAUUUGCAUCAUUUAUCAGUUAAGCAAACAAAUGUUGGAUUAACUUUUAAUGGAAACAUAACAAAAGUCAUUGGACAUUGGUUGAGGGAAGGACAAAAUUUCAUUCCAGAAUUUGAAAUGUGUCUUGAUUUUCACGCCUGCAAAAACUUUCUCACGAUAAUAAAUGCACAAUUACGAAGAAUAGGAUGUGCAUUUAAAAGGAACUGCGGCGAGAGUCAAUCUAGAUACGAUGUUUUUAUGUGCAUAUAUGAGGGAAAUCAUGAAAAACAAAGGCUUUUUAGCAAAGGCCCAGUCUGCACACAAUGCGAAGACGAAACUCCAUUUUGCAAUGAUGGCCUUUGUGAUUCGUGCAAAGAAGAAAAUCCUGCCAAUUGUGACUGCAGGAAAACUUGCGAGAAGCCCGGAAUUGGUACAGGGGUCCUUGAUAAUACAACCUGCACUUGCCAAUGUUUGUAUGGGAAAGGUCCAAAUUGCGAUGAGGACUGUGUGAACCCAAAGAUGUACGAGAAUUGGGACUUUUGUGAGUUGGUCACUCAAGAGGAUUGCAUGUCCGAGGACCAAUUGAUUCUCAAAGAGUACUGCCCGGCAACAUGUGACUGUACCCGUCAUCCCCUUGCAGAAAUGCAAAGUCACGAACAGCUUGAAAAUUAAGGAUAAGAUUAGCAUUGUACAUAGCUUUGAUUAAAUUCAUUGAACUAUAAAACUACUAAUGUCUUCUUUGGAAUUCAAGAGACACCAAAAGGAAUGCGUGGGAUUUUUAUUGUGCGGGCACAUUGUGCGAGACUAACAUUACGUGACACAUACUCAGUAUCGACGGUCUUUGUCUUUUUAUGUAAACUUGUUCAAUUAAAUAUUUUC